ACGCUCAAAGAGCAGAAGAGAUCUCGAAACGGUCCCGGUUUCGGCGACAGCUGGAUUAAAAAAAGCGGAGCAAAACUCAUUAUUCCAACGCUCUACACUCCCAUUUGUCGCAGCUGUUUACAUUAAUCAAGACAGUGGAACUAUUUCGCUGUUGCAGCACGCUCUAACAAAGAGCGUGCCUAUGAAGAGCAAUAAGUUGUGGCUGCUGUGACGACGUUUUGUGGUGACGGAGGGCGGAUUAGUCAUUAACGGAUAGAAAUUAGAACUUGCACAAACGUGCAUAAAGCGAAUCACCACCACUACCAUUUCGCUCGCACUUGUUGUUAUCGGGUAUAACACAUUCGAAGACCGUGGAACCAAAAUGUCCAACCUCUACCUGCUCCCGAUAUCCGUCUUUCUGUUGUUCAACUUUACUUUCAUCGGCACCUAUAUAGCGGCGGUGCUCCAGGGUCACGUAGUACCGACGGUUCCGUACAUUAGCGAUGCUGCGACAUACUCGCCGGAAAGCUGCGUAUUCGGUCAACUCAUUUCAAUCGGCUGUGUAUUGCUGGGCAUCACGAUUUACGUGCGGUACCGCCAGAUACAGGAAAUCUCGUAUCGGCACAGCGACGUGCGACAGGCGAUCGGUCGCUACAGUGUGGUCGCAUUCUGGAUCGGUAUCGGGUCCUGCUUUGGCAUCAGCAUUGUCGGUAACUUCCAGGAAACGAACGUCCGCAUCGCCCACUACGUCGGCGCGUUUCUUGCGUUUGGAUUUGGCACGGUUUACUUUUGGAUACAGUCGUACCUGUCCUACUACAUCCAGCCGUACAUGGGUACGAUGCAGAAGGCGAACCUGCGCUUGUUGCUGUCAGUCGUGUGCACCAUCUUCUUCAUGAUCGUUUCGAUCACCGGCGUCAUCUCGCACAUCCUGUUUCAGGGCACGGACCCACGCAAAUGGUACCCGUCGGACGGUGGCUGGGAGUAUCAUGUGGCCAGCUCCAUCUCCGAGUGGAUCGUCGCGACCACCUUCUGCUUCUACGUACUGACAUUCACCGAUGAGUUCCGGGCUAUGCGCUUCGACCAUCCACCGCUUAUUUUUCUAGAAAUCGAUACGACUCGCAUGUACGAACCGGUCAUCAACGAGGCAGCGACCAGUUAGCUUCCGAUUUCGCCCCACAUACCCUGCUAGCGAGUCGCACCCGCCGUCCAUAGCUCCGCCAGCGAGACGUUCGCCAGCUCAGCGGUCACCGCCGCGCUAUCGGCGACCAUCAGCACUGACCGAUUGUACGAUUGGCGGCUGCAGCGGCAGCUGCCUCCACCGGUGCCGGACUCGUACGGUGAGUUUAGUGAUCUCAACCAGCAGCAGCAACAGCAGCAGCAACAGCAGCCCAGCUCUUCGAUUUAAAUGCACGCUUCAUACCAAGUCAAACGCUAUUUAGUUGAACAUAGGGAGAUCGGAGAAGGGUGUCAGAGUCACGGUUUAGAGUAGGUUUAGAUUUUGUUUACCCUCCCUCAGGCUCUCCGCUAGAAGCAGGUUCCGAUGGGUAACAUACAUUUCCCGUCAACAUUCCUAUUUCCCCCCGUUAUUUGAAUUAUUAUUCUUGAAUUAUUACUGUUCGGCUUCCAUACCCUCCGCUAAGGAAGAAUGGAGGCUUACUUAGGUUAGUAUAGCGUUUGUCGUUGCAAUACCUAAGGCUAGGCUGUGUUCGUAAUCUAGAGUGGGAUGCGGAAAUGAGUUAACAACAGAAGGUUGAAGGAGCGCUCGUUGUAAGGAUUGUACGUUGUAAGGAUUGUACGAAGAGGGAAAGGUAUAGUAAACGCAAACGAUAGAUAAUAAUUUAUUAUUUCUUUCCUACAAAAAAGGGCGAUACGCUCAACGAAAUACAGUUCCUGUGAUUCACAGGAAUCAGAAACAGA